UUUAUUCACCUUUUACUACAAAAAGAAAGAAAGAAGUAUCUCUUCUUCCUCCUUUCACUCCCAAAACACUCUCUUCCUCAUUUCUCUUUAGGGUUUCGCUUUUCUUAGCAGAUAAAAAUAUGGUUACCCACAAUUCAAAGACCAAAGAAACAGUACCAUGUGAUUUCUGCAGUGAACAAACUGCAGUUCUUUACUGCAAAGCCGACUCCGCAAAACUUUGUUUAUUCUGCGAUCAACAUGUCCACUCCGCAAACCUUCUCUCACGCAAGCAUGUCCGCGCACAGAUCUGCGACAAUUGCAACUCGGAGCUUGUUUCUGUCCGCUGCGCAACUGACAAUUUGGUACUCUGUCAAGAGUGUGAUUGGGAUGCUCACGGUAGUUGUUCUGUGUCCGCUUCACACGAUCGUACUACUAUUGAAGGGUUUUCCGGUUGUCCCACAGCUCUUGAUUUGGCUUCUAUAUGGGGUUUUGAUUUGGAAGAGAAGAAGCAGGAGCCGUUGAUUGAAAAAUGGAGUACUAAUAGUUGUGGGGUCGUCCAUGAUUUGGUGAAUGAGCCUUGGGUUUAUAAUAAAUCUAGUGGUAAUUUUAGUUUUCAGGACUUGAUGGUGCCAAAUGAAAACAGUAAUAAUGGUAAUAGGAAUGUUGACAAUGUUAUGGUUUUUGGAAAUGUGAGCAAGAGUCCAAGUUGUGGGAAAUACAAGCAUGUGAUAUAUAAGCAGUUGGUGGAGUUGUUAAAGAGGGAUUUGAUGGGGGGUGGCGGCGGCGGCGGCGGCGGCGGCGAGGGUGGUGUUGGUGGUGAUGAUGAGGGUGGUGAUUUUGGUGACGGGGAGGGUUGUGAUUUUGGCGGUGGUGAUGGUAGAGAAGGAGAGAAUUUGGUGCCAGAGACGCAGAGUAGGAGUGCGUGGCGGGAGGGUGUGGGAUUUGGGAAUGGGAAUGGCGGGCGUUUUGGGAAUGAUAAUGUCGGUGGUGAUGGUAGUGAUGGUAAUGUUAGAGGUGAGCAAUUGUUGCACGAACAAAUGCCGUUUACUUCUUUGCUUAUGCUGCCGACGGAGGUGGGUGUCAAGUCUAAUGGAAAACUUGUCGGUGAGGAUAUAAUGUGGGACAGUAAUGCCAAUGCUCAUGGCACUCAGAUAUGGGAUUUUCAUUUAGGGCAACUGAGGAGUCAUGAUGAAUCUGGCCAAUUAGAAAUCGAGUAUGGUGCAAACGACGCAGGAUUUGUGAUCAAGAAUUUCGGUGAACCAAUGAAAGAAACAUCUUUAACCAACACGAAAAUGUUGGGAAACAUGUACCAGAUGAAUUGCUCCAUCGUGCAUGAUGAUAUGGCAUCAUUUAAUAACAACUUAAAUAAUAACUUAACAUCCAGCCAGGGACCAGCAACAUCUGAAAGUAACAACCUCCCUAUUGCAAAAGUGUUGUCAGGCACAGCUUUUUGUAAACCAAAAUGUUCAGGUAGCUCUAAAGAUGUCCAGUUCAUGGAACAGUCUAUUCUCGUAAGAGGUGAAGGCUUCAGAACAGAAGCAGCAACCAAGGUUGACAUGGAGCUGUUGGUGCGGAAUAGAGGUGAUGCUAUGCAACGUUACAAGGAGAAGAAGAAAACCCGAAGAUAUGAUAAGCACAUACGGUAUGAAUCAAGAAAGGCGAGAGCUGAUACCAGGAAGCGAGUGAAGGGUCGAUUUGUGAAGACAACUGAAGCUCCUGACUGUUGAAUUCAUGCUUAGUUAGAGGUCAUUGAUAUCACUGUAAAUAUUCUUUACGUUCGUCUCGUAGAGAAUGUAUAAUUUAGUGGUGCUUGUCUCCGCAUCUAUCUUUCUUGCGCACAUGUGCAUUGUUCUUGAUCGUGCCAACAUCUCCUUGACAUGUUUGCAUUUGAAGAUGUUUUGUCCCACUUAAAAAUAGCAGUAGAGGUGGGACAGCUGGGGAGAACAGCUGUUGGAGAGCAGGCAUCGUGGGGAUGAUGUGGUGACAGCAGGCAGAUCUGGAGCAUCUGAGAGAUGGGGUUUAUGCUAUACAACCUCUUAACUAAUCAUCUUUUCCAAAGGAAAAAGGGAUAAGAUUCGGUUUGGGAGGCAAAAUUAUAAUACAAGUCACCCCUGGUCAUCAGGCUUGGCAAAUUUUUAGAUUUUAUUGAAGUUUUUCUUGCUGAUA